AUGGGAAUAAUUGGCUGUGUUGAUGGCACGCAUGUUAAAAUUGUCGCUCCCAGGAAAGAAGUUCAGCAUUUGUAUUACAACAGGAAGGGAUUCUACAGCAUUAAUGCUAUGAUUGUUUGUGAUCAUACAAUGAAAAUAACCUAUAUAAAUGCGAAAAAUCCAGGAGCUACUCAUGACUCCAUGGCUUUCAACAUGUCGCCAUUGAAAGCGUAUUUAGAGGAGCAACAUCUCAAUGGCCGUCGCAAUACUUGGCUCCUCGGUGAUGCUGGAUACGCUCUAAAACCUUAUUUAAUGACGCCGUUCAGAAACUCUGAGGAAGGGUCUCCACAAAGGACCUACAACAAACAGCAUGCCAAAGCGAGAAGUAUAAUUGAGAGAACAAUUGGAGUCCUGAAAAAUCGAUUUAGAUGUUUGUUGCAGUUUUGA